UCCACCAGCCACUUCCGCUCGUCCGCCUAAUACCGCGCCUGCGCACCGCGUUUCUUCCUCUCUGGGCUCGGACCUAGUUCGCGGCGACAUGGCCAAACGUACCAAGAAAGUCGGGAUCGUCGGUAAAUACGGAACCCGCUAUGGGGCCUCCCUCCGGAAAAUGGUGAAGAAAAUUGAAAUCAGCCAGCACGCCAAGUACACUUGCUCUUUCUGUGGCAAAACCAAGAUGAAGAGACGAGCUGUGGGGAUCUGGCACUGUGGUUCCUGCAUGAAGACAGUGGCCGGUGGUGCCUGGACAUACAAUACCACUUCCGCUGUCACGGUAAAGUCCGCCAUCAGAAGACUGAAGGAGUUGAAAGACCAGUAGACGCUCUUCUACUCUUUGAGACAUCACUGGCCUAUAAUAAAUGGGUUAAUUUAUGUAACAAAA